CCAUGAUGUCGCGUCUUGAGUGAAGCUCAAGAACAUGCGGGCUGCUGGGCAGUGAGACGAAUCACCAGGCAUCACUUGAAUCUCUGAGUGGAAAGCGACAAUGGAGGACCAAUCUGCAUGGACCUGCAGCUCCAAUGACGCCGUUCAAGUCUCCAUCGUCCAGCCAAAGGGCGAUGGCAAGCUUAGCACGCUCUCAACAUUCUACCCUGAGUUUACUUAUUCCAUUUUUGGCGACAGCGAAACGAUAUUUGGAUAUACGGGAUUGAUGAUUCAGCUUCGCUUUGCAGCGCAUGAUUUGAGAUCGAACGUUUGCAUCUCAUACGACGAGAAAUUCAAAACGGUCAAGGACGUCUCUGCGGUGGAUUUAAACAAAAUAUUAAAGCCAUUUUUACCAGAAGAAUCGUUCAUUCCCCUCAAAAAGUUCGAGGAAUCCCUGACGAAGGAUAAGUCUGCAAAAGAUUUUAAACCCCCCGGAGAAAUUGUUCAUACAUACACUAAGGGCGAUCGCAAUUAUGAAGUAUGGGCUGGUUGUCUAGCCGAUCCGGAUGUCCAGGAGCUCUUGGAGCGUAUUCAGAUAUUUGCGUCUCUCUUCAUCGAGGGUGGAACCCCAAUUGAAAUAAAUGACCCUGAAUGGACCUUAGAAAGAUGGAUGGUAUACUUUGUAUAUGAGAAAUUGCCCGAGCCUCCUACCCCAGAUGCUUCUAUCUACUCCUUCGUGGGAUACGGUACAACAUACAAGUGGUACUUUUACUCCCCAACGAGCGAAAAGUGCAAAGUUUCGAACGGCCCCUUUCCGUACGAAACCGUGAUUAACCUGGCGGAACUACCGUCGCGCCUCCGCAUCUCUCAAUUCCUCAUCCUUAAACCUCAUCAAUUAUCUGGUCAUGGCACUCAGCUUUAUCAAACUAUCCAUCGUGCCUCCCUCAAAGACCCUACUGUCUACGAGCUUACUGUUGAAGAUCCAAACGAGGCCUUUGACUCUCUCCGCGACACAAACGAUUAUCAUCUCCUUCAACCCGUUUUCAAACACCACAAUGUCACAAUUAACGCAAACCCGUAUCCCGCCACUCAACCAGGCCGUGCUCAGCACCGCCUCGUUCCUACAUCCCGUCUUAUCCCCGUUGAGACUCUCCGCGGCAUCCGUACAAAAUACAAAAUCGCACCGACUCAAUUUGCCCACCUGGUAGAAAUGUACCUGCUCAGCCUUAUCCCCAUGUCGCAUCGUGGCUCUCACAAUGUCAACCUACCCCGACUACGUAUUCUCAAGUCCCGUGCUCCAGACGAGCAUGAUAGGCAAUACUACUGGUGGCGGAUGCUUGUUAAGCAGCGACUGUUCAAACGCCAUCGAGACAUGCUGAUUCAGAUUGACCAGGCUGAACGAGUGCAGAAGCUCGAAGAAACCCUACAUAAUGUUGAAGAAGGCUAUGAGAACUUACUCAAAGCCUUUGGCAUGAAGGCAACAAGGGAGCCGGCUGAAAGCGCAACGCCUGUAACGGACGAGCAACAGAUCCAGGAAGAAGAGAGUGGAGCUCGCGCAGAACAUGCGGUUGUCAGAGAGCGGACAAAGAGAAGAUUUGUUGUCAUGGAGGACGAGGAUGAAGAUGAUGGUGAUGAUCAAGGUGUCAGUAGCGAAGGAGGUGGCGAGAAAGACAAUACAAAUCCACCCUCCAAAAAGGCCAGAGUGUAG